AUGGGCAUCCCAGGUCUCAUUCAUGCCAUUGGCAAGGGGGAGCGCAUAUCCUUGUCAAAAUUGGCGAUCACACAUUUGGAGCGAACAGCAAGGCCAAUCCGAGUCGCAGUCGAUAUUUCUAUCUGGCUCUUUCAGGUUCAAGCUGGUCGCGGUGGAAAGAAUCCUGAGCUUCGCACAUUGUUCUAUCGACUUCUGAAGCUGCUGGCAUUACCAGUCCACCCGCUUUUUGUCUACGAUGGCCAUCAAAAACCUCCCUUUAAGCGGGGAAAGGCAGUUUCUCCGCGCAGUUACGGCAAUGCACCAAUUAUCCAGCGUUCCAAAGAUCUCAUCGAGCGGUUUCGAUUUCCGUGGCAUGAGGCUCCGGGGGAGGCAGAAGCUGAAUGCGCGCGAUUACAGCAAGCAGGCAUCGUCGACGCAGUAAUGAGCAACGAUGUUGAUGCGCUCAUGUUUGGGUCUACGCUGACGAUCAUGAAUUUUUCGAAAGAAAGCGGCACAGGUACAUCUGGGGCGACCCAUGUUACUUGUUAUCAUCUGGGCAAUGAAGAUCAUGUGUCAAAUGUCCCUCUAAGCCGAGCAGGAAUGAUCUUGUUUGCCAUGCUCAGUGGAGGCGACUAUCUACCAGGGGGUGUUCCAAAGUGUGGACCCGGAUUGGCCGCAGAAAUUGCUAAAGCUAAUUUUGGUGAAGAUCUGCUGGAAGAGCUUGCAUCUAAUUCUCCUGAUUUGAACAUACGCCUCGGCGAAUGGCGAGAGCGACUGCAGUACGAAUUGGAGGAGAAUGAAAGCGGCUAUUUCACCACAAAGCACAAAGCUGUUCGCAUUCCCGACACUUUCCCUGAUCGAACAAUUUUGGAGUACUACGCGGAGCCAAAGGUUUCUACGGAUGAGGAAAUGGUCACACUUAGACGCAAUCUUAGGAACGCUUGGGACCGGGAUAUCGACCCGCUCGCGAUAAGAACUUUUGCGGCUGAUAAUUUCGAGUGGAACUAUCGUUCAGGCGCCAGAAAGGUGAUCAGGAACCUGGCAGAACCUCUCCUCUCUUACAGGCUUCGUUUGCAACGUCCAGUAUUGGGAUUAUCGCAAGGUACAUUAGCGCCCGAUUGUGAUACGCCAUGGAUGCAGAAAGUGUACAAGACUCGUGCGAAUUUCGGCACUGAUGGCACGACCGAACUGCAAAUGGACAUGCUCCCCAUCGAUGUUGUCGGUCUGGAUCUUCUAGCUGAAGAACCGAAUCCGCCACAGGAGGUUGUGCCGUCGCAAGAGCUGGCCGAAGGAGAUGAGGAAGAUGAUCUAGAAGUUGCCAACGACGGACCUCCAGUGACACCUUCUAAGUGUCGUCCCAAAAAGCGCUUUGAUCCCUUCGUUAUUGAAAAGGUCUGGAUCUUUGAGACUGUUGCAAAACUCGGUGCCCCCGAUGCCGUUUGCGCAUGGAGAAAAGAACAAGCUGAAAAAAAGGCCGCGAAGGAGGCCGCUCAGGCUAAAAAGGCUGUACCCAAGAAACCCGCUACUCGGCGCACUGGACCAAGAAAGAAGGGACCUAUCGACGCAGGAAUGAAGCAGGGGAGCAUCUUGAAAUAUGGAAUGCUCACAAAAGAGAAAUCUGACUUAUCCUCGCACAAUAAAGCACACAUAUUAGAGGCAGCUUCAUCUCAAUCAACGACCAAGGAUCCUUCUCCUGGAUUCCGAACCCCACCUUCAUUUGAGAGCGUUGACCUUGUGUCGGAUCAUUCUCCAAGCAUGUACUCGCGGCAUAAAUCCCCGAGUCAGAUGCGCUUCACUUCUCGUGAGAUUGAUGAAUUCGUUGACUCGUUCUCAUCUCUGCGCACCACACCUUCAACACCAAGACUCAAGCGCCACCCUAUAGUAGGCCACCCCACUUCAGCUCGUGCCGGAGUUUUAACGGCAGGGGGAACUGAUAUUGUGGAUUAUGAGACAUCCAGAUUGUCAUUAUCUGAUACAGUUGUUUUGUCGCAACGCUCAGUACGAAGGGGACUGAAGAUUAGCUACUCGGUAUCGAGCUAUGAUUCUUCGGAUUCAAGUACAGACUCAGUCUCACGAAAACUGACAGUCUCCCCAACUAAAAAGCCUACUCGUCGCAGUCCCAGGGAAUUGGUGAAAAGUCUGCCUGAUAAGGAAAGCCCCCGGGAUAUUGAAGAUCUCGAGAAAGCCGUUGGCUCUCUGUCAUUGUCAAUGAAACAUGACAAUGAGCGUUCUCAAAAACAGCCUACGCCAAUGAGCGGUAAUUCCUGCCUGAAGGAAGAGAAAAAGCCUUCAAAAAAGGCCCAGAAGGAAGAGAAGAUGGUCCCAGAAACCAGACAGACCUUGGGCCACAUUGAAAACAUCUCAGCAGCCAAUGGAUUCUGGUCGUUUGACGAGCCGGUUGGAUGUGAAAGGGAUCUGGAUGCGCACCAGUCUACGGCUGAAGGUGAAAACCGUGGACAAAGGAAGAACAAAGCGAAACGAGUUCCACGGGUCAGCUUUCUUGAUCUGAUUUAA